CCACGGGUGAGGUCAUCGCGAGGCGCCGAGGAGGGAAGCGGGAAGCGCAGAGUCUCCUGGGCCAUAAUGGCAGUCAAGUGGACUGGUGGACAUUCUUCUAUUCUCUGCCUGAAUGCAAGUCAAGAAGGGUUAGUGGCUUCUGGAGCAGAGGGCGGUGAUCUCAUGGCCUGGGGUGAAGAUGGGACUCCUUUAGGACAUACACGCUUCCAAGGGGCUGAUGAUGUUACCAGUGUCGUAUUCUCUCCCUCCUGCCCCACCAAGCUCUAUGCAUCACAUGGAGAAACCAUUAGCUUACUGGAUGUCAGAUCCCUCAAAGGUUCCUUGGACCAAUUUCAUGUGAAUGAAGAAGAAAUCAAUUGUCUCUCAUUGAAUGAAACUGAAAACCUGCUGGCUUCUGCUGAUGACUCCGGGGCAAUUAAAAUCCUAGACUUGGAAAAUAAGAAAGUUAGCAGAUCACUGAAGAGACAUUCCAAUAUCUGUUCCUCUGUAGCUUUUCGGCCUCAAAGGCCUCAGAGCCUGGUAUCAUGUGGACUGGAUAUGCAGGUAAUGCUCUGGAACCUUCAGAAAGCACGGCCACUCUGGAUUACAAAUUUGCAGGAAGAUGAAACAGAAGAGAUGGAAAGCCCACAAUCACCUGGUCAGCUUUUAAACCCUGCUUUAGCCCACUCUCUGUCUGUGGCAUCAUGUGGCAAUAUUUUUAGCUGUGGUGCAGAAGAUGGUAAGGUUCGAAUCUUUAGGGUGAUGGGAGUUAAAUGUGAACAAGAACUGGGAUUUAAGGGCCAUUCUUUGGGAGUAUCCCAGGUCUGCUUUUUGCCAGAAUCCUAUUUGCUGCUUACUGGAGGGAAUGAUGGGAAGAUAAUGUUGUGGGAUGUAAGCAGUGAAGUUCAAAAAAAACAGAAGAGUCCUACAAAACCUACUCACAGGAAGAAAACUAAAAGAGCAGCUUAUACCAAGCAGGGUGGAAGCACUCAUGCUCCAGUAACAGAUGAAGAAGGACAUGGCAAAAUUUUACCAAAGCUAAGUAUUGAACAUGGAGAAAAGGUGAACUGGCUCUUGAGUACAAGAAUAAAGGGAUACCAAAAUAUAUUAGUAGCUGAUCAAACUAGUUGUAUAUCUGUAUAUCCCUUAAAAGAAUUUUAAGUCCAAUAAAAUUAUUUGAAAAACUGCAGCAACUUUUUAUAGGUUAUAAAAAAUCCUGAUUCUUCUUGUCAUUCUUAAUGUUUGUCAUAUGUGGAAUAGUACUGUUCCAUUGUAUAAAUUAUAAGGCAUUUGGGUAAUACUUAUAGUAAAUGAUGUAUUAAAAUUUGAGGGAAGA